AUGAGUGACGAACACGUUCCUAAGGAUAGCUGGGAGGAGGAGGAUUAUGAGUCUACGCUUGCACAGAAAACCUCGAAACUUAAAGUAGUCCAAUCAGAAUUUAAGUUUAAUGCCUCCGCAAAAGAGUUUGUGCCGAGUUGGAUGCAAAAUGCUAGCGCUCCGGCUUAUACACCUGCGCCCAUUAAUGUCCCUGAGCCGGAACCGGAAGUGGCAGAGCCUCUCCCUCCUGAUCCCGAGUCUUCAGAACAAAUUCCCCAAAAUGUUAUCGAAGUUGAAAAUGAUAAAGCCCCUGCUGCUGCGGAUAGUUUAAAGCAACAAGAUGCCAUCCGAUCUGCAUCUCCGAAACCUGAUGAAGUAAACAAGAAAGAAAUUGUUGCAGCGGGUGAGCCAGAAGAGGAGGUUGAUACUCAAAUUAUACAAGACUUGUAUGGCAAAGAGCAUCUUAAUCUAGUAUUCAUAGGCCACGUAGAUGCCGGAAAGUCUACCAUGGGUGGAAACAUUUUAUACUUGACAGGAAUGGUUGAUCAAAGAACAAUGGAAAAAUACGAAAAGGAAGCCAAAGAACAAAAUCGAGAAUCUUGGUACUUGUCAUGGGCAUUGGAUACCAACAAAGAAGAACGGGCAAAGGGGAAAACAGUUGAAUGUGGUCGGGCAUACUUUGAAACCGAAAAACGACGAUAUACAAUUCUAGAUGCACCAGGUCAUAAGAAUUACGUGCCAAGUAUGAUUGGGGGCGCGGCGCAGGCCGAUGUGGGCAUCUUGGUCAUAUCUGCACGAAAAGGAGAAUUUGAAACUGGUUUUGAAAGGGGGGGACAGACGCGUGAGCACGCUGUGUUGGCUAAAACUUCUGGCGUUAAUAAAUUGAUAGUUGUUAUUAAUAAAAUGGAUGAUGCCACAGUGGGUUGGUCUAAGGAUAGAUAUGACGAAUGUGUUACUAAACUUACACCAUUUCUCAAGGCAAAUGGGUAUAACCCUGCAACGGACAUUGACUUUAUGCCAGUCUCAGGCUUCACGGGAGCAAAUCUUAAAGAACGUGUGUCUGGAGACGUCUGCAGUUGGUACAAAGGACCAUCUUUGAUUGAAAGUUUGGACAAUAUGCAAGCUUUAGAUAGAAAGACGAAAGCGCCACUAAUGAUUCCUAUUACAGAAAAAUAUAAAGACAUGGGUACGGUGGUUGUUGGAAAAAUAGAAUCAGGCGCAAUUCGAAAAGGACAAACUGUGCUGGUUAUGCCAAAUAAGCGAACGGUUGAAGUUUCAGCAGUUUAUAGUGAGCUUGAAGAAGAAGUUCCUGGAGGCAUCUGUGGCGAUAAUGUUCGAUUGCGUCUGCGAGGAAUAGAAGAGGAAGAUGUUUCAACUGGAUUUGUUGUAUGUUCAACAAAACGUCCAGUGAAUACCGCAACUGUGUUUGAAGCACAACUUGCUAUCUUAGAACAUAAGAACAUUAUUUGUGCCGGAUAUAGUGCUGUUCUUCACAUUCAUUCCUGCGUUGAGGAAGUUUCUAUUUCUGCACUCUUGCAUUUAAUUGAUAAAAAGACCGGAAAGAAAUCUAAACGACCUCCGCAAUUCGUCAAAAAAUCACAAAAAGUAAUUGCUAGACUUGAAACCGCAGGUCCGAUUUGUGUUGAAGCUUUUGAUGAAUAUCCACAGUUGGGAAGGUUUACGCUGCGAGACGAAGGAAAAACGAUCGCAAUUGGAAAAGUUACCAAAGUUAUUGCUCAAAGUGAAUAA